CGUCAUUUCACACGAAGAAGAAAGCCUCCAAAGCAGAAGAAGAAGAAGAGAAAGGAGGAUGCGAAAAGUCCAUCUCGUUUGUAUUAUUAGUUAUAUUCUCACCAUCUGACAGUUUAUUAGUUUCGUAUUGAGGGAUUAUUUUAACUUCGUAUCCGCAUUAUGUGUGAGAUGUUGCCGUUGUGGCUGCGAGAUGGAUUCUGGUCGCCUUUGUGGAACCCUGCACGGCGAUGACGUCGCGUCUUGGGUGUCCGUCUGUCCCAGAGGCCUCUGGAAAGUCCAGCAAAAGCAGCCACAUAAAUGGAGUCAACAGACCGAUUCAAAUUCUGGAGAUGGAGCAUCAUGUUCAUCCAGUGACUUUCCACGGUUGGGUUCGCUGUGUCAAGUCCGAGUGCGGCUGAAAGCGAAUCCCGAUGAAGCACAGAGUUUAGUUUCGGAAAAGGGAAACGAGUGGCAGUCAGUCCAACCCGACCGAUGUGUCACAGAGGCCACAGCCUUCCCAAGAUGCCAGGACUCUGUGCUACAGGUCCCACUGGGUGACUGGACAACAUUGAGGCUGGGAGAGGGUCAGUGUGACAUCACAGAAGCAUGUGUGGAAGGGAUGCGAGCCGGAGAGAAGUGUGAGAUAAUUAUUUCUCCAUUGGAAAAAGGACCAGAUGUCUCUGUCCCCGAUCCCCCUUUAUGGGCCACAGUUGAACUCAAAGCUUUUACACCAGGCAAGGAAUCGUGGGCAAUGUCUCCUGUCGAAAAGUGUCAGUGGCUGAAGGCCCACAAAGAGAGGGGCGGAGUGAGAUUCCGGCGCGGUGAUGUUUGGGGAGCAGCAGACAGCUACAGCCGGGCUCUCAAGAUUCUCAUCACUCUCCAUGGCCUUGGCUAUGCCUAUGCCACAGAGGUUGGGAAGAAAGGACAAGGACAAGAGCAAGGAGCAGAGGAGCAGAGAGACACAAACGCCAGUGACGAAACGCAGCAACUUCCUUCAGCUUAUGAAUUGAAAAUCAUUAAAGCAGAGCUCCACUCAAACAUGUCGUUGUGCCAGCUGAAAUUGAACCAACCCCAGCGGGCAAAGGCCAGUGCGACUAAAGCUACUCAUCUGCAGCCGGGUGGGGCUAAAGCCUGGUAUCGGCUGGGCCAAGCUUGCCAGAUGUUGAAUGAGCUGGAGGAGGCCAGGCAGGCCUUUAUGAAACUGUUGGAGCUACAGCCAGAAUCCCCCGCUGGUCUGAAGGCACUUAAAGGCGUAGCAAGUAGAGAGAAAGAGAAAAAUGCUCAAAUGGGGCUGAGACUGAGCAAAAUGUUCAGCUGAUAUAUUUUACAUUUAUUGUCAAUGUUAUCUGUAUGUUAUGGGUAUUUUUCUUCUCAUUAAUUCACUAUUAAAUGAAAGUAUAUGUACAACAACCACAUCAGCUAAAAAGUCAAA